AUGACUUCCGUCCAGCGUUCAAAGGCGGUAGUGCUUACAGAGAGCAACACGCCUCUUCAAAUCUGGGAGCGCGAUGUUCCUCCUCCAGCUGACGGCUGCAUCAAUAUUAGGGUUUUAAGGGCGGGUGUUUGUGGUACGGAUCCUCAUCUAUGGAAGGGAGACCAGACCUUGGGUGGCCCAGUUGUCCUCGGACACGAGGGCCUUGGGCAAAUCAUCGAGCUUGGGAAGGGUGUCACCACAGAUCAUGCCAGCAGUCCUAUUGCAGUUGGUGACAUUGUAUACUGGAACCCAAUCAGGCCUUGCAACUCCUGUUACGAUUGUACGGUAACGCAGGAUUUCACGGCGUGUACCAACGGUACGUUCUGGUCGCCUGCAAAUCAAUCCCAAGUUUGGGCAAGCUAUACCGAGGUGGCCACCCUGUUGCCAAAUAACUCCUUCUAUCGAGUCGACCAACGAGUGCCGCUCGAUGCAUACAUUGCACUGGGCUGUGCUCUUCCUACCAUGCUUCAGGCGGUUGACGCUCUUGGUGGGAUCAGCCGCGGUUGCACUGUCGUUGUCCAAGGUGCUGGCCCCGUAGGAUUGGCCGCAAUCAUGCUGUCAAAGCUUGCAGGCGCGGAGCACAUUGUGUGCAUUGAAGGCAACAAAGCACGUCUCCAGCAGGCCGUAGGUUUUGGAGUAACGAUUCCCAUCGACAUGCGAAGCCCGGAACUCGCCAGCAUGGAGCAGCGCCGCGGAUAUAUCAGCAGAGCUGUGGGCGCUCGAGGUGUGAACUUGGUCGUCGAGUGCAGUGGAAAUGCUGCGGCUUUCGAAGAGGGUAUAAAUCUAUUGGCUCGUAGUGGAAAGUACCUCCUUGUUGGUACAUGGGCGGGUUCAAGUAAGGUCGCCGUAUCCCCUUUCCAAGUUGUCCAGAAUGCCCUCACUAUCAUCGGGUCCACCUACGCUUCCCCUGGACAUUACUAUCGUGCCAUCAAAGUUGUCCAGGCCAACCAUCGCCACUUUCCUUUGGUCGAGUGUGUUACGCAUCGAUAUGAAUUGGCCGAUGCGCAGAGAGCACUGGAGGACGUUGCCGCUGGAAAGGUUACCAAAGCGGUUAUCUUUCCGCAGGGCAUAGAUAAAUGA